AUGACUCUGGCCCGUGAAAUUUCCGAUGAAAUUGUACCACGUGUGCUGAACGAGUGCUUGCAUGAAUAUAUAAGACUAAUUUCACACGUGGAAGGCAAAAGAGGCAAUUUCAUUAUCGAACUGCGAAACAAAGGGCUCGAUCAGAGAGAACACACACUGGAAUAUACCAAAACAAUGAUUGCUAUGGCGAACAACUUGGAUUUGUGCGCCGAAUCGACGGAAAAGUUCAAGAAAUAUAUCGAAGGAAUGGCAAAUGCGGCCGAGGAAGCAACUGUGCUCAACAAAGCUCCACGUCGAAAACGAAUCUCGUCUGCUACUGUGGACGCCAGUGCAGAAACUAGGCACAGGUCUAAGCCGAUGAACCGUAAAAUGCAAGGUUAA